GCAGGGACCGACUCGGCUGCUCCGCCUCCUCCGGCCGCCGCCGCUGCGGGAUUCGCGGCUCCGCUCGGGCCGCCGCAGGAAGUGUUGAACACCUGCAGCUCCCAUUGACUUCAGCUAGAGUUGUGGAUGGAUGACAUUUUUGCAUAUCAGACCCAAGAGAGCUGAAUCAAAUUUAUUUCUGGCUUUAACUGCCACACAGUUCAGAGUUGGAGCAGAAACUAGAACCCUCCCAGAUAUUGGAGUACAUGUAGCAGCACUUCAGCAAGGGCACCCACUCUCAGCCCCCUGGCUUCCCUGGCCGUCACCUCUGUUGGGUGGAGACACGCAACUCUCUCCCUUCUGACGGGGAUGUGUCCAGGCUGAACAGUUCCAUGUCUUCACUGUGUUAUUCCUAGCAGAUACCACACAGUAUCUGUGCAAGCCUGUUUUAUGAAGAUUUUUUUCUUUUUUUUUAAAGGAAGUAGUUCAGAAAAAGCACAAUGGAGUUUUAUGAGUCUACCUAUUUUAUCAUCCUCAUUCCUUCAGUGGUUAUUACAGUCAUCUUCCUAUUCUUCUGGCUUUUCAUGAAAGAAACAUUAUAUGAUGAAGUCCUUGCAAAACAAAAAAGGGACCAAAAGUUUCUGCCUUCUAAGAUGGAUAAAAAGAAAACUGAGAAGAAAAAGAACAAAAGGAAAGAUGCUCAGAAUGGGAACCUCCACGAGUCGGAUUCUGAGAGCACACCUCGGGAGUUUAAACUGUCUGAUGCCCUGAUUGCAGAUGAAGAGCACAUACUUCCUGUUCCCUUGGGUCUGACUGAAGCUUCGAGCAGCGUUAGAGAACGGAAGAAGAAGGAGAAGAAACAUAAGACUGUGCAAGAGGAGCACGUGUCUAAGGAAUCAGAAGGAUCCAAGCCUGCAGGCAAGAAAAUUGAACCAGUCCCUGUUACGAAACAGCCCACUCCACCCUCUGAAGCAGCAGGAUCGAAGAAGAAACCUGGGCAGAAGAAGCAGAAAAAUGGAAUCGAUGACCAGGAUUCAAAGAGUGAGUCAUUUACGUCUCCUACCAAAAAACAAGACCCCCUGCUGUUCCAGCAUGAGAUAAAACAAGAAAGUGGAUCGGGAAAGAAGAAAGUUUCUACAAAGAAACAAAAAAUUGACAAUGUUGCAGCUUUGGUUGAUGAGCCUCUUAUUCAUGCAACUACGUACAUUCCUUUGAUGGAUAACUCUGAUCUGAACCCUUUGGCGGAAAAGAGAGAAGUGGCUGAUGUGGGAAAACAAGACACAGCCGAGAUGAUCCAGAAAAGCGGUGCUAAGAAACUGAAGAAUGAAACUGAUAAAGAAAAUGCCGAAGUAAAGUUUAAGGACUUUCUCUUGGCUAUGAAGAGCAUGAUCUUCACUGAAGAUGAGGCCCUUUGUGUGGUUGAGCUGCUAAAGGAGAAAUCCAGUGUGAUACAGGAUGCCUUGCAGAAGGCUAGUAAGGAAGAUUCAGCUGCAACUAUGCACCAGCUACAAGAAAAAGACAAAAUGCUUGCUGCUCUGAAGGAAGAAGCUGCUGUUACAAAGGAUCAGUGCAAGCAGCUAACUCAGGAACUGGUUGCAGAGAAGGAGAGAAGCAAUUUGGUUACGACAAAGAUGAGAGAACGAAUCAACGUGCUAGAAAAGGAGCACGGUACUUUUCAGAGCAAGAUCCACGUUAGCUACCAGGAAAACCAGGGGAUGAAGAUGAAGUUCCAGCAACUUCGUGAGCAGAUGGAGGCUGAGAUAGGCCACCUGAAGCAGGAAAAUGGUAUCCUGAGAGAUGCUGUCAGUACUUCUACCAACCAGAUGGAAAGCAAGCAGUCUAGUGAACUGAACAAAUUGCGUCAGGAUUGUGCUAGGCUUGUGAAUGAACUGACGGAGAAGAACAAUAAAUUGCAGCAGGAGGAACUCCAAAAGAAAAAUACAGAGCAAACAAUUGGCCAGCUAAAGGCCCAACAGCAGGAAGCAGAGAGGAGAUGGGAGGAAAUCCAGGCCUAUCUCAGGAAAAGGAUAGCAGAACAUGAAGCAGCACAACAAGAUGUGCAGAAUAAGCUUGUGGCCAAAGACAAUGAAGUCCAGAGCCUGCACAGCAAACUUACUGAUACAAUAGUGUCUAAACAACAGCUGGAGCAAAGGAUGUUGCAGUUAAUGGACGCUGAACAAAAGAGGGUCACUGCAGAGGAUUCUGUGCAGUUGCAGGUGCAGGAGCUGAUGGAGCAGAAUGAGGCUUUGAAAGCUCAGCUUCAGAAGUUUCAUUCACAAAUGGCAGCCCAGAGCUCUGCUUCAGUCCUGGCAGAAGAACUACAGAAAGUGAUUGCAGAAAAGGACAAACAGAUAAAGCAGGUGGAGGACUCUUUAGUCAAUGAACAUGCCAAUCUAGCCGGCAAGGAGGAGGAGCUCAAGGUUAUACAGAAUAUGAAUUUAUCCCUAAAAGCAGAGGUGCAGAAGUUACAGGCUUUGACAAAUGAACAGGUGGCUGCUGCACAUGAACUGGAGAGGAUGCAGAAAAGUAUUCAUAUUAAAGAUGACAAAAUAAGAGCACUUGAAGAACAGCUACAAGGACAACUUGCCCAGGUCUCAAACACAAGGGAAGAAUUUAAGGUUCUUAAGGAUCAAAACAAAGCUUUGCAAUCGGAAGUUCAAAAACUGCAGGCUCUCUUGUCCGAGCAGGCUAAUAAAGAACUGUUGGAGCAAAUGGAAAGGAGUAUUACUGAAAAGGAUGAAAAGAUUAAGACGGUUGAAGAACUGCUGGAAGCUGGGCUCAUACAAGUGGCUAAUAGGGAGGAGGAAUUGAAGGCACUGCGAGCAGAAAAUUCAUCCUUGAAAAAAGAAGUUCAAAAUCUGCAAAUUCAGCAAUCAGAGCAGGUUUCUUUCGAAUCAGUGGUGGAAGAACUUCAGAAAGUAAUCCAUGAGAAGGAUGGAAAGAUAAAAUCGGUGGAAGAACUCCUGGAGGCUGAAGUCCUCAAAGUUGCAAACAAGGAGAAAACGGUUCAGGCUUUCACACAGGAAAUAGAGGCUCUGAAAGAAGAAGUAGGACAUUCCCAGCUUGAGAUGGAAAAACAGGUAUCAAUCGCUUCACAAGUCAAUGACCUUCAGAACCUGUAAGUACUGUUACUUUAACAGAAGCGUAUAAUCUGCUCUCUGGCAUCCUUCUUCAGAUUUUGUUUUAAGGACAUUUCAACUUCUCUGAUGUCCAUUCUGUGUGAAAUGAGCAAAUAGUGUUGUUGGACAAGCAUCCUUAUUACGAAUGCCAUUGCCAUAGCGAGGCUAUUUGCUGAGAUCACCGAGCAGGUUGUCAGGUGUUCAGUGGGCAUAGAGACCCAACUACUUGACAGGUGCUACAUCCAAGUCAGAGUUGAGAAACGCUGGCAGGGCAGUGUGGGACAUUUACACUGGAAUCCUUUCUGUACUUAUGUGGAAAAAUACGACUUAAUCUCCAAGACUAUCCAUUCAGCCCCUUUCGUGUGGAGCGGGGAAGUAUCUUGAGACAAGGAGAAAUGGUGUGUGGAAUCACUGCAGUAUAUAUCAGUGCAGAAUUUCAGUCCACUUUGAUUUAAUGAGCUGUAGCAUUGAUCAAGUGCGUCUUCCAUUUCACUCUGCUUUUGCAGGGAGCUUGAAAGUGUUUGUACUCCUGUUCAGCUGGCAUAAACUGCAGUGGAGCCUUUGAUCAUGCAGCUUGCUCUAGUUUGUUAUGCACUUGCUGCACAGUUUUAAGUUCUUUUUCAAAUGGCUAAAACACUUUUUUGUGCAU